AAAGGUUGUUGCUGAGUUACAAAAAAAAUAAUCUUAUCUCUAAAGAAAAUUUACUUUUUAGUGCUUUUAAUAUGGAUACAGAAAUGAAUGAUCUUGCUUCACCUUCACAAAGCUCUCCCUCAAUGACAGGCAAUUCAAACCAGACAAAAACUAACUCAAGUUCGGAGAGUUCAGUACUGUUAACAAAGCCUAGACUUCAGGAACUUGUUAGAGAAGUUGAUCCUAACGAGCAACUUGAUGAGGAAGUAGAGGAUUGCCUUCUGCAAAUUGCUGACGAAUUUGUUGAAAAUGUUAUUAAUGGAUCUUGUCUCAUCGCUAAGCAUAGAAUCCAAAAUGGAUCAAAUCGUGAUAACAAAGUCGAAGUAAAAGAUGUCCAGCUAUUCUUGGAACGUAAUUGGAAUUUAUGGAUACCUGGAUUUGGAACUGAAGAGUUACGUCCUUACAAGAGAACUCAAGUUACAGAAGCUCACAAACAACGAACAGCUUUGAUUCGUAAGGCUCUUAAAAAAUAUUAGAAUAAAAGUAAAUUAAACGUGAAAAAUAGUUUUUAUUUUCCUAAAAAAUGUUUAGUCUUUAACAAAAAUUAGUCUCAAAGUUCAGAAAGAAGAAUUUUAUUCUUUUUGAUAAUUUUCUGAUUUCAUUUGAAUUUCUUGGAUUUUUUCUUUCCAUAUUUGAUAGCCAAAGUGAUUUUUAAGAUUAGAUUCGGUCAUUAAAGAUUGAACAACGACAUCAGAGAAUGUAAAUCCUAAAAACAUCAAAAAAUCGAGGAUGUGGUAACGAAUGAAAAAGUUUGUUGCUCCAACAAAGGGAAAUGCUGAAUCAAAAGCAUUUUGAAUGAUUUCUCGGCAGGAUUCCUUAAAUGUUGCUAUAUCAAAACUGUCGUCGAUGAAUUUCACACAGCUUUCAUAUCUUUCAAUCAUUAUUUUGAUACAGUUAACAGUUGAAUGAACUUUGUUCCCAUCAGCGUUGAAAAUAAAGAGCAACCAAUCCUUGAUCUGUUGCAGCAUUUUUAAAUCCACUUCUUGCCACAAUGCGUAACAUUUGCCCGCCAGAAAUCUUACUUUCUCCUCUCGAUGUGACAUCAACUCUUCAAAUUUUUCUCGUAAAGAUCCCAUUUCUGGACAGAGUUUAUAAGUAUUACGAAACUCAAAGUUGGAAAACAUUUCAAGUAAAAGAACAAUGUAAGUCGUAUUGUUCAAUGUUUCUUCUUGACAUAAAUCAGAAAAACCAACUUUAAGAGGACUAGGAAACUUCAUGGAAAAUUCAUAAACAGUAACAGCUUUUGGUUCGUAUUUCAUAAUUGAACAAUCUUCAUUCAGAUUGCAGCAUUUUUGAUUCGAUAUUUUAGGCAGGAUGGCACCGACAAUUUGAAGUAAAGCAUUUAUCAUCACAUAGUUUUUAGUUGAUAUUCUCAAGUUUUCAAAAGUAGCGAGAAGAAUUGAAUUGUAGUAAGGAAUCAUUUCUUCAAGAAGAUUUCCAUCUUUAAUCAAUCCAGCAAGAAGAUGUAAUUGUAUCGGCUUAGUUUUGUCGUAGAAACGAACCUUCAGUUCAUCAGAUGCAUUUUGGAUCUCAACCAAAGCAAUGAGAGAUUCAAUAACAAAUUUAACAAAUGCUGGAUGAUUUUUAAUAAUUGCUUGAGCCAUGAGAAUAUGUCCUCUAUUACAACGAAUAUCUUCAUUAGUGACACGUUCUCCACAAUAAAUUUUGUGUUUUAAUUUGAUGAGAGUUUUUUGAUAAACGACUGCUUCGGGAUUAUUUCGAUUACAAAAGUUUAAGAAUUUUUGUGAAACUAUUUUAGUUAUCUUUCCAAUAGCUUCACUGGCUGAUUCGAUGGCACCUUUGUGACAACAUUUAGUAAGAAUUUGAAUAUUUAUGUCAAUGCAAAUAUCGAUAACUCGAGAUUUUAAUAGGUUGUUGAAUUCAGAAUCUGCAACCAACUUUGUAAAUGUAAAAGAGAUUUCUGAACAAGAUCUGAGCGUAUACCAGAUGAAUAGAAGAAGUUUCGGUUUUAAAUCUAAAGAUUCUGUUGAAGAUUUUCUAAUGAGAUCAUCAAGUCUUUGAUCAAGACUCUCAAAUGUUGUUGUCUCGUCUGUGUCAUUAAUU